UUCCAACACCGUUGAACAAGACAAGCUGGAUCAAGACAAAGCGUACAUUCAACUUACAUUCGUGGACCCGUACUUCGAUGAGUAUGAACUCAAGGACCGUAUUACGUACUUUGACAAGAACUUCAAUCUAAGUAUGCCCGUUUGACAAAGUUUUCUCUUUACUUGUUCGUAACUGUUUACUUCAAUAAUGUGCUUUAAAAGUAGUUUCGAUAGAAUUGAUGUACGCAGUUUUAUCUGACGAUUCUUCAAUUUGAAAUUUAUUAACCAGAGUCUGUCCUUUGCCGUAAACUUCAUUCUAAAUCUGUCUAAUGAUCACGCGGCCUGUACGUAACGAAAACAACCAAAUUAAGGAAAAUUAGUUAAGUUAAUUGGCCCGAGAACUAUUCACUGGCACAAAUCAGUUUUGCCAAAGCGUUUGGCUGCUGCUUCAAAAGCGAAAGCUUGCGAUUUUUGCCAAAUUUUGCUCCCAUAUGAUCGUGGCUUUUACACAGCACUGCAGUUCUUUCUUUAGUUGCCUUCUUAAGACCCGCAGUAUUUGUGGCCACUCCUUUACUCGUAACUCGUUAGAUGCUUGCCACAUUUUGUUGAAAAAAAAAUCCAUUUUACAUUCAGCCAAUGUUGAUAAUUCCAAGUCAUACGUUUGGCGGAGAAUAGAAGAAAAAUUUCUCCUAGUUUGAACCUUGUAACGGUAUUUAAACAAUAGGUACAAUGUAUGUCUGAAUAAAGUCAUAAAGUGUUUAUGAUUUGAAAACAAACUGCUAUAAACUCUCCUUGUUUAUGAACUGAGUCAUACAGUAGUUUGCAAUUUGUUUCAGAAUUGUAUUCUUGUUUGUUUGCUUACAAAACGAUAGCAUAAUGAUUACAGGUUCUAUGGAAACUGUUUACACAUUAACCAAACGUCUUUCUUUGAAUGUUAGGGAGGUUUAUGUAUGAAACACCGUUUACACCAAGCGGCAAGGCUCAUGGAGAGCUUGUGACUCAGUACAAGAGAAAGACAAUACUAACGGCAGCUAAUUCAUUCCCUUAUGUCAAGACGAGGGUCAAUGUUGUACACCGUGAACAGGUCAGUGAAAUGAUAGGCUCUUUUAUCGUUGGUCUCACAAUAGUCACUUCGUCAUUAAGGAGCUUUAGCAACGCAGCGAAAACGUCACCCAAAAAGUGAAUUCGCGCUGUUUCAAACUUCAUCGCUCUUAUUCCAAUGUUGGCGAUUUUCUCGCGAGUUGAAUUCUUAACGGCUACACCUAAGUUCACUGAAAGAAAAAGAAAAACGUUGUCUUGUGUUCACAUCAUCCAUAAAGUGUGAAAUUAGUCACACCACGUCGUUGUCGGGCAGUCAUGGCAAAGAAAUGUACAAAAAAGCGUGAUGGAGUGCAAAGUGGUUGUUUUGCCAAUCUAAACCUAUCGCCUUUUUGCUGUUCUCGUUGCCGUCGCCGUCGUCGUUUGCCUAAACUCCCUACUGAUCGCCUGUGAUCACAGAGCUGGACUAUAAGGGCCUUUUUACAUGGAGGUGGGGGACCCAGCGUAGGUGGGGUAACCCGCCUGUCCAUACAAUCUCUCAUUUUAAUGUGAUCACGUUUACAUGUUAGGUGGAAUAACCCGCCACAUGUUACCUCACCUACCUGGGGUCCCCCACCUUCAUGUAAACAGGCCCUAAACCGUUUUCACUCACGUGGCCAGCAUCUAUGCAAAUUUAUUGGAACAAAAGAAAUCGUUUACAUAAGAAAAGAGUUCAACUCCCACAGAAUUGAUUUGGAACACCAAUAUGGCCGCCGUGACGUCAUGUGGCUGUAUGUGAUUGGUGCGUUACCAGCCCAACUCUCGGUUGGAAGGUUUUGAUACGAUUGGUGGGUUUCUAACUUUGGACAAAUUUACAACCUUGAGGUAACGCUGGGUACGUCAAAAGCUUUGUUCACACUUAACACAAGAGAAUCGGGGGAAAAGUCCAGCUGUUACUGUAAGAUAUCUUCCGUUUUGGUUUUGUUCUUUCUUAAAUUAAACAAUGUGAUCAACAGAUUGUGCUCAGCCCAAUUGAAGUCGCCAUCGAAGACAUGGAAUUGAGAACAAAAGAGCUUAUAAGUGCAAUUCAACAGGAGCCGCCCAAUCCCAAGAUGCUUCAGAUGGUGUUACAAGGUUCUAUCGGCACGACUGUCAAUCAGGUGGGUAUCCUUGCGCCACACAGAGCAGGUGGAAAAUGUCGUUAGAACAGGAUUUCCAGAUGUCAGCAUGAGCCUCCUUAUCAUGAAAUGCUUUAGAUAUUUUAUUUCUGUUAACGGCCUCUCUGUCCAACGGGGAACCGGAGGGGUGAGGGGGAGAGUGCGUUUACUCUGGAAGGAGGGGAGGGAAGCUCUCUCAAUACUGUUGUCAGUCCGUUUAGUACGCUGCGCGCCCUUAAAGGGCUAUAUUGGGUGGAGUGAGUUAGAGGUUGGGAGAGGGGGGUGGCGGGGGGGGGUGGGGGGCGUUAUUAUCAACAAUCAAUGUCAGUGUAUUUCAAGGUGCUAUCGGCGCUAUGGUCGAUCAGUUCAUCAUCCUAGUCGAUGUGCCGGAUGGUUGGAUGGGAAAAAGGCGAAUCAAAUGCCAUUUUCUUUUAAGCUCUGACCCUUAGCUAUUAGCGACCAAGAUGAUAGUUUAUUUUGCUAAGGGGCCUUUGAAGCUAAAAUAUCACAAAGUACAAAAAACACCGGAGAGUAAACGAUCCAGUGGAAUCUUGAAAGGAAGGAAAUAAGCUUGUUAAUUGAUGCAGUCUCUUUGUUUUGUUACUCCACUGUGUCUCAUGCUCUCCCACAAGGUGUUUUUCUCUAGGUGACUGUUUAGCUUCAAAGGGUCCAUUUCCGCACGAUCUGUUUUAAUUCAACGUUGAGCACGUUUGACCUCGUGUGGUUUUUGAAGUGGUUAUAACAGUCUUCAACUACUUUGCUAACCAAGUUGGCCUACUGGAGAGUUCAAGAAGUUUUGUUGAUGUCAUUUACUGUGUAAACGGAGACCUUAUAUUUGUGUUACUUUCAGGGCCCGUUAGAAAUUGCGUUGGUGUUUUUGCGCAGUCACGAUUCCGAGGAAGGAGAAACUCCGAUGUUCACAAGGCAUCAUCACAGACUCAGACUCUGUUUUAAAGAGUUUGUUAAAAGGUGAAUACACUCCUCAUUUGCCUAAAAUUCAGUAGGGUAGCAAUAACAAAAGCCGGGGUAAAAAUAGUCAGAAGUUUUCGCACCUAAAAGAACAGUAUUUUGACAGGUCAUGGAAAAACUGGAAAGUCAUGAAAUUGAAGAAUUUCAUUUUCCAGGCCAGGAAAGUCCUGGAAUUCAAUUGUCGGUCCUGGAAAGUCAUGGGAAAUAAAAAUUAUGUGAUAGAUUAGAUACUGUAGAUAUCAAAGCAAGGACAAUGUAGGAUAGAGGCGAGUAAUAAAAUGGCAUGGAUUUUAGUGGACAGCAGAGUUUGUGUCUGUUGAACUGAGUUAGGUCAAUAAAUACUCUAAAACCCUGUCAAACUAAAGUAAGAAUGAAAAUGUUUAUGAAAUUUGUUUACCAACCAACACUUAGGAGCUAUGGAUGUUAACAUAGGAAACGUUCAUUUUCUAAACGUUAGAUUUCUUUGUGGUCAACGUCACGGCAUUAUAGUGACUUUCUGUCCCAAAGAACCCAACUGAGACCAAAAUCUGCAAUUUACAUCCCUAAGCGAGACGACGAGAAUCCCCGUCACUUUUUUAUGGGGGUUCCCCCCCCCCCCCGGGCCCCCCACUUCCUUUGGUGAUGGUUCACGUCGCAUUCCGACAAUAUUCAGCUUAGCAAAUCAUCAGGCCGAAUUACCCUAGCAAUCGCGUUUUCCUCCCAUAGCUUAAGUCUGAACCACUGUAACUCAAAUUUUAUUUUCUGGCCGUAAUUUUAGAUGUGGAGAUGCACUUCAAAGGAACAAACAUCUAAUUACAGUUGACCAGCGAGCUUAUCAGAAAGAGCUGGAAAGAAAUCACACGAAAUUAACCGAACAACUUGAACCUCUGCUAAAGAACAAGUUUGGUUCUCUGCGCGGAUCCAUGAGACAAAAGUAGGUCAUGAUUUUUCUCAGAUAAGUUUAAUUCACGUUACCAUGGUAGCACUUUUUCUGGAUGACAACAAAACCAACAACGACGGUGACGGCAAGGAGAUCAGCAAAAAAUGAUAUGUUUAUAUGUUAACAAACAACAACUUUGCACGUGCAUCUCGCUAUUUUGUACGUUUCUUUACCGUCGUUGCACCACUACGAUAUGAAACUUCCUAAUUUCACGAGCCCGCUUUAUGGAGUAGGUGAACACAACACAAAAGAUGUCCCUUUCAUUUUCUAAACUUAAAUAACGUUAGAUAUGGUUCCAAAAAAAAUGUCGCCAAGAUUUGCCAAAUUAUGUGAAAUUGAAGAAGAUCGGUGAAGUUUGAAAUGGUGGGAAUAGAUUUUAAAGUGACUUUUUCUGUUUGUUGUCAUCCAAAAAUUUUGCUACCAUGGCAACGUGACCCAACGACUUCUCUCUAUUACCAUAAAAGACGUAAUAAACGCCCGGGGCGUCUAUUUAAUUUUAGGGGUCCAAGCGGGGACGUUUAAUAGAUAGGAGACGUUUAUUCUCAUUACUGUAACAAUCUCAACAAAACUAAUAUGCUUUCGGCGAAAUAUCGAUAGAGUUUAAGAAUAGCGGAGUAUCCACUUCCUCGAUUGUUACGUCUAGGCCGUGUAGAGAUCUAUAUCGCUCUUUGAAAUCUCAACAUUGAUGUCAGAAUCCUCGCUCAUUGUUAUUGUGUAGCCAUCGUUAGUCUAUCCUUACUUUAAACUUGACUUUGAACAAGUUGAAAUUUCCCGCCAAAAUGACGUUGUUUCGCGCGCGUAUACUACUUAGUAUUGGGAAAAUCUUGUUCUCGUAGUCGUUCCCGCUUUAGAAUCUAAAGGUCUCUUUUGUCUUGAAAUUUGAGGAGGUUAAUACAUUGAGAGACUGUGGUGAAAGAAUAAGGAGGAGCAGGCAGUAAAAAAUGCGCAUUUUGAGUGUCAACGUAUUUAGCACGGGAAUACCGUAAAAUUCCGAAAAUAAGCCCCGGAGCUUAUAUUUUUCAAAGGCCCUUUUUGAAGGGCUUAUUUUUGGAGGGGCUUAUAUUCGAAGGGGCUUAUCUACGGAGGGAAAUUUGCGUUUCAAAAUCGAUUGGGCUAGACUUAUGGUUGGAAGUAAAUUUACCGUUUUGGCUAUGUUUGACUUUGUAUUUGAGGGCAAUUUUUCAAGUAAAAGCCCCCGGGGGGCUAGUAUUUGGAGGGGCGAUUUAACGGAGGGUUUUUUUCGUUGCCGGUUUGGGGGACUUAUACCUUCAUUUCUCAAUUAUUUUAAGGUCCUGAGUAUUGCUACGGCCCCAGGAAUCGAUCCCGCGAACUUCCACUCUGCGUCUCGAGUGCUCUACCGACUGAACUAAACUUCAAAACAAUGUUGGUGCACCGAAAAAACCUCUGUGCGAAUUAAGCUCUUUUCUCAUGUAAAAACUUUCCUCUCUUCCAAGAAAUUUGCAUAGUUGCUAACCACGUAAGUGAAAACGAUCUAUGGCGUCCUUUUUGUGGGGGGGGGGGGGGUCUUAUCACAUAGGAGGGGAUGGACAGAGAGCCGUAUGUUCUGAUGCGAGAACGAAACAGAAGACAGAAAAUAGCUUCGUAGUGGUGAAUGGUGAAGUCUGUGGCUCGCCGAAACAACACGAUACUUUUAGGGAAAACGUUAAAAACAAAAUCACAUGUAGGAGAACUCGCAAAAAAAAAACGACUUAGACACUCACAGCAAAGCAAAUCGGAGUCAAACAGGGGUCUAACGAAAGGCGAUGGCCUAUGAAACUUGUCGCCUACGGGUGUGGUCCCUUUAAAUAGUGGCCCCUCGCGAAAGACGAUCGCUAUGGAUGUGGUCGGUUAUCAGGAGAGCGGUCGUUCACAGGUCUGGGCGCUUGCCAGUGUGGGAAAAAAACAACUUAAUUUAGGACGACUUUUCUAAACUCCUUACAGCAAAGCUUAUUUUUAUUGGCAAGGUGUUCGUAUUCUGAAGAAAGAAACAAACAGUACAUACAACAUUGCGUUACUGUUUUGUUUGUUUGUUUGCUUUUGUUAUUUUCUUACGGAAUAAUUUCAGGUCAAAAACAACUUGAGCAUUUUAAUGUUAUUUUGCAGGGAAGGAUCUGCUUUACUGAGGAAAAUUUCAAUGAGUUUCAACACAGCACACAGUAUAGCAUAGUCACGGUAUUUAAUUAAGCCUCUCAAUUUCCCUCAAACUUAAAAAAACUUGGACCCUUGAAGAGGUAGCAAUGAUAGGCUUGCCCUAAUCAUUGCACUGUGUAAUUAGUAUCUUUGUCAGUUUGAGGCAAAGUUACUAUGUCAUUUUAGUUAACUCAACGGGUCGGUUAUUCUAAAGAGAUGAUUAAGCUUAGGCCGCGGCUUAAAACAAACAGUAAAGCUCCAAAAUUAUUUUUAAGUGGUAUAUUUUAGGUAGAUGAUAGUUUUUAGUCUGCGCGAUGAGCCAUAUUGAAGCUGAUCAUCAUAAACAUAUAUUGAAUAUUAUGAUUAAAUUUAAAAUGCCUCAGAUUGCUGUUUUGUUAAACACUGGCCGAUACUUGACUCAGGGUCCCCAUUUGCUGGAUGUCAAGUAAAGGGAGAUUGGGCCGGAGGGAGGUCCAAGCGCUUCCCUGAAGUUCCCCUACUCGUUAAUAGUGAACUUAAGCAACAGGACGGGAGAGGAAAGAAAACGGCAAACCUUGUGUGUCGAGCUUGACAAAAAUUUUGUUUGAAAUAACUUUUCGCUAAAACUUCACCUUCCUUAAAAUAUUUAUGUUAAGUGAAGAUCACGACAAAACUCGCCAAAAAUAGCCCUGUCACGUUUGUCACACACAAGCGUUUUGUCGUCCUCUUCUUCCUGCCGUCCUGUUUCGUAAACUCACUAAUGAUUCACAUAGAGGGGUCAAAGAAAGUCCCUAUCGCGGUGAUGGUUUAGGCAGCAGUCUUAUGACAAAGAAUUUUGUGGACCUCUUGCUGUGAAUUACUUCAAGAAAAAAAAUACUUAUUUACCAGUGUUUAGUCAUGUUUUAGGAAAGUUUCCCUAGUACUAAUCGGUUUACAAAAAUCUACGCUGCGCAGCCUUUUUAUACCAGGUUUCGGUUUUCGGAUACCCGGAUGAAACACUCUUUUUGUGUUUGACAUGGAGCUCACGUGGCCCCAGUUGUUCAGAGGGUGGAUAGCGCUAUCCACUGGAUAAAUGUCUAUCCACUGGAUAACGCAAUUGAUUUUGCUAAUGCUUGGUUGCUGGAUAUUAGCUGAUAUUGAUUAUCCCUUAGAUAGCGCUAUCCAGCGAUUGAACAACCGGGGCCAGUCUUGCUUUUGUCAAAACCAGUCUCCAUGUCGUCUUAAAGUAUAUUAAAAAAUACAUUUACUUGAUAUAAGCGAAUAUUAAUUGCAGGUUUGUAAUUUCAGUUGGUUGGUUUGCGAAACUGGUAAGCACCCCAGAUAACCGAAAACUGGGAGCUAGCUAAUAAUUUACGUUUCAGCAAAAUUAUAGUCUAAGUCACUUUCAGAAAGGUUGCUGUCCAAGCUUGUAAAGAUUACACGCGGUUUUUGUUCCAUUUAAAGCCCUUUUUCUCUAAAAGGUCACAAUAUAUUACAUCUGUGAUCUACUUGAAGUCUACUAGGGGUAUUGUAACUUAAGCGUUAACUCUCCCGAAUUGUUGAAAAUAAAUUUACACCCUGCAG